AUGAUAAACAUGACGAAACAAAAACAUUUUAUUACAUUUUAUUCAACUAUUACAUUAAUAUUGGUUUUGAAUUGUGUGACUGCUCAGAUAUCAUCUCCAAAUGAAGCACUUGGACCUCCCGGACCGAGAGGUGAUCCAGGGCCACCUGGUCCAGAAGGUGGAAUCGGAGCACCAGGUCCUCGUGGUCCACCUGGCCCCCCUGGAAUAGAUGGUGAACGUGGGCAAGCAGGACCUGCUGGGACGCCUGGGACACCGGGACGCGAUGGGAGACCUGGAGUCCCAGGAGUUCAGGGCUCACCUGGACCUCAAGGGAUUGUUGGACCACCAGGAGAACCCGGGGGUGAGGGAAGUCCCGGACCACAAGGUUAUCAAGGUCAAACAGGAGACAAAGGUGAUACUGGCUUCGAUGGACAUAAAGGUUCUCAAGGACCCAUGGGACCACAAGGACCUCAAGGACCAACGGGACCUGUUGGCCCCCCAGGCCCCAUGGGUCCACCUGGGCCCUCUGGUCCAAGAGGUGAAUCUGGUCCCACUGGAAGGGCUGGAGUGAUGGGACCGCAAGGUCCAAUAGGUAACCCUGGAAGACCUGGGGCGUCAGGACCUGCUGGACAAAAAGGGGAUCGCGGUUUGACCGGAGCAAAAGGAGAAAAGGGUGAGAAGGGUCCUACAGGAACACCAGGACAUCCAGGAUUGAGCAAAGAACGUGGGAUUCAGGGUGAAAUCGGUCAUGACGGACGUCCAGGUGUUCGAGGUGAACCAGGUCAAAGAGGACCAGAAGGAUCCAUGGGUGUAGCAGGAAGACCAGGGGAGAGAGGAACAAUGGGACGCUCAGGACUUCAGGGUCCAAAAGGGGCACAAGGUGAACCAGGUUCAGUUGGAGUAGAAGGGCCGACAGGAGUCCAGGGUCUAAAAGGUGAGAAAGGUCAACUUGGACGUCCAGGUGAACGUGGAGAAACUGGUCCACGUGGUGAGCGGGGACCUAUGGGCCCCAUAGGAAUCAAGGGUGCACAAGGAGAACUUGGCAUGGCUGGAAGCCCUGGAAGUCCAGGAUUAGAUGGACAACCUGGACUCAGUGGUAGUCCUGGAGAACCUGGAGCACCGGGUGAGCAAGGACUUUCAGGUCCUCCAGGACCACCUGGACGUCCUGGUCUUGAUGGAGCUCCUGGUGCUAGAGGUGAAAAUGGUGCACAUGGGAUGAAUGGAGUACCUGGAAUUAAGGGGGGAUCAGGACCGAUUGGGCCAGUAGGUCUGCCGGGAGCAAGUGGAACACCUGGACACGCAGGACCAAUGGGACCUAUGGGACCAGUUGGCCCAAGAGGACCGACGGGCGCGAUAGGACCUGCUGGAGAACAAGGAAUGAAAGGUGCAACUGGACUACCUGGUGGUCAUGGAGACAGUGGAGAUGUAGGCGAUCCUGGACCUGAUGGUGACACAGGUCCGGAAGGUCCUGUGGGUGCUGUUGGACCUCCAGGACUUCCAGGUCCCGUUGGUGAUCAAGGUCCUGAAGGUCCAGAAGGUGCAUCUGGUCCACCUGGUCCCGCAGGAUAUGACGGUCCACCGGGAAUGGAUGGAAAAGAUGGGUUGUCUGGCAAAGAUGGAAAACCUGGGCCACAAGGUGUACCAGGUGAACAAGGAGCAGUCGGAAAGCCAGGUCGUAGAGGAGAUCGUGGACCACCUGGACCACAAGGAAAGAGAGGAUAUAAAGGUCAAGAGGGAGUAAUGGGACCUCCAGGAGUUUAUGGCGUUAUAGGCUUAGUUGGUAUUCCUGGACCAAAUGGAGAAACUGGAGUAAAUGGUACAGUUGGUGAUCCUGGUCUUCCCGGUCUACCUGGAACCGAUGGACGUCCGGGCUUACGUGGACAACCUGGAUUACGAGGCCCUCCUGGGCUUCCUGGAGUCGUUAAAGUUCAGCCUUCUACCAUAGGAGGAACAGGUUUGCCUGGUGAUCGUGGAAAUCCUGGUUCAUACGGACCCACUGGAGAACCAGGUCCUAAAGGAAGCGCAGGAGAAAGAGGAAUUACAGGUGAUCCCGGUGACCCAGGAGAUCGAGGUCUUUCGGGUCCACCUGGACCACCAGGACCUGAUGGCCAACCAGGAGUCGACGGAGAAGACGGUCCAGAUGGCAGUCCAGGGGAUGACGGUCCUCCAGGACCUCCAGGACCCUUUGGAGAGCCCGGCCCAGCUGGAGAACAGGGUCCACAAGGCCCACCCGGGAAUAAGGGAGCUAUGGGGAUGACUGGCCCUCGGGGUGAAACGGGUCAAAGGGGUGCACCUGGACCAACUGGAGCAACAGGAGAUGUUGGAGAACCUGGUUUGACAGGGCCUCCGGGGCUUAACGGAAAUAUAGGAAGAAAAGGACCGACCGGGCAACGCGGACAACCCGGAGUAAGAGGGAAGCAAGGAGAUGCAGGGGAGCCUGGUAAAACAGGGGAGCCCGGUCCUCAUGGGUAUCCAGGAUUUAUGGGGCCCCCAGGAGAGCCUGGUCCGGAGGGUCCUGCUGGUAGUGAGGGUAGUGAAGGCCCUCCUGGAGAACAAGGGCCUCCUGGAAAGCAUGGAGAGCUUGGCGAGGUUGGUGAUGUGGGUGAUGCAGGGCCACCUGGAAGGGCUGGACCACCAGGUCGUCGUGGUAACCCUGGUUUUCCAGGUCCCAGAGGACCUCCUGGAGAGGUUGGAAAACCUGGAGAACCCGGACCAGUCGGACCUAUUGGACGUGCAGGUAUGCGUGGACCUCGUGGAUCUGUUGGUGGUGUUGGAGUUGCAGGAAGUAAAGGGGAACAAGGACUUUCUGGAGCUCCGGGGUCUCCAGGAGAAACAGGACCCAGAGGAGAUACUGGAGAGUCAGGUAUUCCUGGGAAAGAUGGUCGUCCAGGGAAACAGGGGGAGCCAGGUCCCAAAGGAGCUCCUGGAGGGAAGGGGCCAACUGGACCUCCCGGACCUCCGGGUUUGGAUGGUCCUGUGGGGUACCCAGGAGAUCAAGGACCAAGAGGCCCUUCAGGUCCAGUCGGAGAACGAGGUCCAAUGGGCUCUCGGGGUUCACGUGGUGAUCGAGGAGAUCCUGGUGAGGUUGGGCCACUUGGCCCUCCUGGCAGAGAUGGGGAACUAGGUCCACCUGGCCCACAAGGUCAAUCAGGACCUCCUGGCUUGCCUGGCCCACCUGGUCAAAUUGUAUCUAUGCAGGCACGAGCUUCGAGAACUAAAGGAAUAAUGUAUGGAGAUGAUCCUGCAAUCAAGAGGCGAUUUGGAAAUAUUGAAACAACUACUCCCCAAGGAACUGCAGAACUUCCUGCCCGAACUUGUGCACAUUUAGCUGAUAUGCAUCCUAAAAAACCUGAUGGAGAAUACUGGAUUAACCCUAUUGGUGACAUUAUAAGCAGUCCUACUAAAGUCACUUGUCGUAUAAAAACUAAGGAAACGUGUAUUAAGCCAAAACAAGCCAAGAUUUCUAUGAAAAAAGUACCUCCUACUAUGAAUAGUAGAUUUUGGCUUCAAGAAAUAAGUGAAGUUAAUGAGUUAAACUAUGCUAUUGAAUCAGAACAAUUGAAUUUUUUAAAAUUAUCAAGUGAUAUGGCUGUACAACGUUUAACUUUAUCCUGUUCUGGAUUAUCAGAUAUGACAAUUAAUUCUACUAUAUCUUUAGCUGAAAAUAUACGUCUAUUAGGUGAUGAUGAUACAGUUUUAGAAAGAUAUCAUCCACUACGUAAAUUUCAUAUUGAACAAGAUCAAUGUGGAAAGAUUACCAGUGGUUAUACAACUGUUUUAAUUCAUGGAAAUCCGAGUAAACUACCUAUUCGUGACAUUAAUUUAAUACAUCUGAAUACAAUUAACUAUGAACUGAUUCUUGGUGAUGUUUGUUAUACAACAUAUUUAGGAAAAGUUGUUUCUUUGAAACAUAGUUACAAUAAUUAA